AUGUCGGCGGCCGACAUUGACGACGAGAUUGAGACGCUCAAGGCGCGAGCUCCAGCCGCCUCCCUCAAGCGGCAGCUCCGCGUCCAGGCCUCGACGUUGCUCUCCUCGCCCUCGACCGCACAGCUUCUCGUCUCGCCCCAGGAGGCGUCCGCGCUGCCCCUGCCAAGCACCAGCGACGAAAACACGCCGUUGCGUGGGAAGCUCGCCGCCCAGGCGGCCCACAACCAGCAGUGCCUCUACCGCGCCUGCGCCUCGGUCACCUCCUUCGUCGCGCAGGACCCGGACCCCAGCGCCGUCGACGCCGGCCGCGUCCUCGGCCUCCGCGUCGAGGUCAUGACCCGCGCGCGCUUCCUGCGCCCCUACUACGUCCUGCUCAACCGGCCCUGGCGCGCGGGGCCCUCCGCCUCCGACUUCCUGCGGGUGCACAGGCACACCAUACCGCCCUGCGUGCCCCUCGCCGGCCUGGCCGCACGCCAUCUCCCUGCGCCCCCGGCGCGCGCCCUGUCGCCUGUCCUCGGGUCCUCUUUUGAAGAGGGGAGCGGCAGUAGCGGGGCAGCUCGCGGCCGGCACCAGGAUCUCGCCAAGUUUGUGCGCGUCCUGCGCCGCGAGCUCGUGCGCUACCACAACCGCGCCGGCGUCGUCGCGGAUCUGCGCAGGGCCGUCGGGCUGGACAAGAAGCGCCGGGAAGAAGAAGACCGGGAGGACACCUCUGGUGGUGCCGAGGCCGAGACCGAGACCGACAAACGUGUAGUCGACAUCAGUGCCGCCGACGCCGAGGUCAAGCAUGUCAAGAUCGAAUGGGCUGAUGGCCGCACUGGCCGCCUGGUGAUCGGAGAUGACGGCAGAGUACUCAAUUUGGUCGUGAUUGGCGAGAAUGGUCGAGACCGCUCCGUGGCGCGAGAACUUCUCGGGGAUCCGUCGCACCGGCUAGAGGAUCUUGCAAAGCGACUGGGCACCGUCUGA